UCUCUCAUUUCAAAGACGUCUCCUGUUCACUUCAGAAUUUAAAAAAAAAAAAAAAAUGACUGGAACUCCUCUACUGAAUGUUUCCUUCUCAAAUCAGAGUGAAAACAAGAGCAACUCAACUAUUUGCCCAGACUUGAAUGACUGGUGGGAAAUCGUGUACUAUAUAGUACCCAAGUAUAUCGACACCAUCUGCGUUAUUGGAAUGCUUGGAAAUGUAUUUGUUCUCUUCACUUAUUCACUGCACAAGGGCCCCCUGAAGGCAGCUGAAAUCUUCCUUAUGAACCUUGCUGUUGCUGAUCUUAUCUUCCUCACAUGCCUCCCUUUCUGGGCAGAGAACAUCAGGAAUGAAUUUAACUGGCCGUUUGGAAAUUUCCUUUGUCGCAGCACCAGCACAUCGAUCAGCCUAAACAUGUACACCAGCAUCUACUUGCUAGUGGCAGUGAGUGUGGAUCGCUAUUUGACUUUUGUUCAUACCUUGAACCACAGAGGGAUACGGAGCAAAACGGUGGCCAAAGGGAUCUGCUUGCUCACCUGGUUCUUUGGCAUCCUCCUCAGCAUCCCAACCUUUAUGUUUCGGACUGUGAAACACUUUCCCCUGUGGAAUAUUUCAGCAUGCACUUUAGACUUCCCCACCCCAUCGUGGGUAAUAGCUGAAAGCCUGGUAUUCAACAUAGUGGGGUUUGUGUUGCCAUCUACAGCAAUCACCUUCCUUAAUUUCUCUACCAUUCGGUCCCUACAAAAAAAAGCAAGAGAACGAAGAGCACUCGGAACAAAGAGUUGUAAGGAUCACAAAGGCACAAAGGCUACCAGGUUGAUCUUCACAGUGGUUCUGAUGUUUCUUUUGUGCUGGACUCCUUACCAUUUUUUUGUAUUCCUUGAUAUAUUAUACCAGACAGAAGUGAUCAAAAGCUGCUUCUGGGGGGAAGUGCUCAACUUUGGUGAGCAGUUUUGUUAUACUCUGGCUACCACCAACAGUUGCAUUAACCCUGUGAUUUACGUCUUUGUUGGGAAAUACUUCAGGCAAAAGGCUUUAGAAGUUUUUUCACAGUUUAUUCCCCGUGGAUUUCCUUUGAGCUGGGUAUCAUUCAAAGAAACGUCUUCAUAUUUCAAUGUGUUUCCAGUCAGGAGUAGUUUAACCUAAUGGUUCUCAGUUCCAUCUUCAUUUUGAUAUUACAACUUAUUUCAAAUGGCAUUAAAAAUGAAUAUGAAUUGAACUGA